AGAAAGGGGAGUUUCCAGAGCUAUUCAAGGCUACACUUAAAACAAACUGCUAUUCGGGGGGAUGCUUCCAGUGCCCCUGGCUUCUUUGUGUGUUUCAGAGCAGUGAAAAGCCAAGAUGGCCCAAGCAUUGCCAUUGCUCUUGUUUGCGGUUCUCAAUGCUCUGAGCUGCCAUAGUGAGGUGAGAGCCAGGGACCCUGACGUGGAGGAGGAUGAGGCAGUAGGGCUUGGAGGAUGGGCACAGCAGAUGCCUGGCAUCUUUGGGACUGCUCAUCUAACCAAACCACAGGAACAUCAACAACACGACAGCUCAGCCUCAAUGCCACCUGUUGGCACAACUCAAAACUCUGCACACCCCUUAAGAGAAACCGUACAUCCACCUGCACAUAGAGGAAACUGUUGUGCAUAUGUCAACCACCGUGUGGUCAAAACAGCCGUACUCUGUGGCACUGAGACCCAGACAGUGAAAUCAGUGAACCCCUGUCCCAACGGAACUCCUGACUGCCAUCUCACCAUGUACAGGUUGUCCUCAUGGCCUAUGUACAGACAGAAGCAGACAAUGUUCUCUGCUUUGCAGUGGAAGUGUUGCCCAGGUUAUGGAGGACACAACUGCCAGGAGAAAGAAAAACCUCCAGAGAAUGAGAAGCAUGUUUCAAAGUCCAGUCAGGCCCGGUCAGAAAGUGAACAUUCUGAAGUGUCUAAGGUUAACAACGGUGAAGUCUCAGGAGUUCAAAUGGAGACUGACCUUUUAGAGGAUGCAGGCUGGGAUGACAAACCUCUACAGGAGGCUCCCAUUCGUGAUUCUUCGUUUCUUACUAACCACAGCCCUGUUGGUGCCAGAGAAGGGAACCCUACCUUACAGCCUCUGACAUUCCUUGAUUCAUCCAUUCUGCUGUCAAUGCAUCAGUUAAUGUCAACUAUGAUGAGUCAGCUUCAGCCAGUGCUAGAAAGCUUCAACCAGACACUGAAGAAUCUGUCUAGUGAGGUGGAUGUACUUUCUCAGGACUUGCAGCAGUUGCGACUGGAACAAGAAGACAACAGGUCCAACGGGGGUAAGGCACACAGUGGAGCUUCUGAAAAGAGACUAGAUAUCCAGAUCCGACAAAUUAAAACCCAACUGGAUACACAGAGAAACCAGAUGGAGAGAGCAUUGCAAACCCAACAAGAACUGCUCCAGCACAACCUAACAAAACUGAAGGAAGAGAUGGAUGACCAGAUCAGUCAGGAUGCACAGGUGAAUCUGAAAUCUCUAACUGGGCUGGUUGAGGAGGUGAGACUUGACCAGAAGAGGCUGGAAAAGUCAUUGCAGAGGGAGCAUGCUGAGCCAGUACAGGAUUCAAGAAUGUGGCAGGCCAUUGCUCGACUGGAUGAGAAUGCACAAAGCAACUCCGCACAGCUCAGCAGCUUGUCCGAGACCUCAGUAGACACUGCCAGAGCUGUCCAGGACCUGCAAAGACACCUAGUGACCCUGGGACAGAGAGUAGAGAGGGUCGAACAGCGCUCUGAUGUUCACUUUGGAGAGACAAGUCUGGAGGUGGAGGAUACCCGCGUCAGGCUGCUUAACAGCAUUAGUGAGCUUACAACUAAUCUAAGUGUACAUGAGGGCCAGUUGAGAGCAAUAGAGCUCAACUUGGAUAACAUUUAUAAUCAGCUACAAAGUAAUGAUUCACUGACUUCAGAGCAGGCCUGUAACUGUAGGUCAAUUCAAGAUUCACUGGUUAGGUUGGAACUGCUAGUGGUUAACGUGACACAAUUAGCUAAGGAAACCCAGCUUGCACUUGAGGAUGCAGAGCUAGAGAGGAAUCAGGGUCAUUGGGCCACCGAAUUAGAGGAUCUCCAUCAGGGUCUGCUAAAUAUGAAAGAAUCGCUGGCCUUUGAGCAAGGUAGAAGCCGGAUUCUCAACGAUAACAUGUCCCAGCUAAAGGCUUCAUUCCUGGACAGCCAACAGGAGAUCCAUGAUCUCAGAGAGAGGGAUGAGGCCAAGUUGGUUGAAAUCCGUAGCCUGUCCGCCACCUUUUCUUCCCUUCUGAAUGAUGCCGUACGCCAUUCUGAGGUUCUGGAAGUGCUACUCGGAGAAGAGGUCUUGGAAUUCACCCGCUGGUCACAUAGCCAACAGAAAGAGCUCAGUAUCUCAGAUCUUAAACAGAAAAUAAACUUGAUAGAGCAAAAGAUUGCGAGCCAUGAUAGGAGACUGGCCUCCCUACAGAGGAAGCACAAUGAGGAUGAUGGGAUAAAUAGUGAUGACCCUGUGGCGUACUCAGAGUGGACCAACACAAUGAGCCAAGUGAGGGACUCAGAUAGUCACCAGGCCUCUUUAACAGAUCUCUCUACCGGAGAUGAUGAUGAGGACUACUCAGUCAGUGACUUCUGGAGUCUGGGAAAAGAGGUGGAGCAAUUAGCAGGUAGAGUAAGCCUGCUGGAAGAGCGUUAUGGCAACAGCACUGAGCCCCCAGGUGGUUCAGUUGCAGAACUGCAGGAAAAUGUCACAUCCCUACAUCAAAGUCUGGAGGAUCAUUUGAGAAUGUUUAAAAAACUGUUCAGUCAUACAGAAGAACUUACCAACUCAGCAAGAAGCUUGAAUUUGGAUGAAGUCUGGAGGCUGAUCAGAAGGAAAGAAGGACAUAAAAGAAGGGGCAACCAAACCCAAGAACAGAUGGAGAGAAGAGGAGAAAAAUCUUUCAGUAGGCGAAGCAAAAGAUGUAGUGAAACAGAACAUGUUCCACUACAUCAUUCCCCUGUUGUGUUCAUCACAAGCCUCGAUCACAGGAGAGGGCCAAACGGGGAUCUUACGUCGAUAAAUGUGGCUUUGAACCACGAUGCAGUAUUUAGUUCUACAUCAGGGGUGUUCCAAGCCCCUGUGACUGGACUUUAUCUCUUCCUAGUGACCUUAGACUUUGAAAGAGGGCAUUCAUUGGCUCUACUGAAGCGCAAUGGAGUUCCAGUGGCCUCCCUCAGACAGGAACAGAAGAAGGGCGGGACAGUGAGUCGAGGCUGCCUGCUGGAGCUUCGGCAAGGGGAGACAGUGACAUUAGAAUUGAUGCAUGGAUCAAUACGAAAAGCACAGCCAGGGGAUAACACACUGUCUGGACUAUUGCUCUUCAUUACAGAGCACAAUGACAUGCUGUGAAA